GGGCGUGGGGGAACCAUUCAGAGGAAGUGGUAGGAGCCAAAUACAGAUUGUAUUAAAAACCAAUCAGGUUACUCCUACCACAGUUCUGACCAAUCAGGAUCGGGUCAUCGGUAUAAAUUCUGGUCUCGCCGCGUUUUCUCCAGUUGCUUGCUUUGGAAGGAUUGUCGUCUGUUAUGGCCCGCACAAAGCAAACAGCCCGCAAGUCUACUGGCGGCAAGGCGCCGCGCAAGCAGCUCGCUACGAAGGCUGCUCGCAAGAGCGCCCCGGCCACCGGUGGUGUGAAGAAGCCCCAUCGCUACCGGCCUGGCACCGUGGCCUUGCGGGAGAUCCGCCGCUACCAGAAAUCGACCGAGCUGCUGAUCCGCAAGCUGCCUUUCCAGCGCCUGGUGCGAGAGAUUGCCCAGGACUUCAAGACCGAUCUGCGUUUCCAGAGCUCAGCGGUGAUGGCGCUGCAAGAAGCUUGCGAGGCCUACUUAGUGGGCCUGUUUGAGGACACCAAUCUGUGCGCCAUCCACGCCAAGCGAGUGACUAUCAUGCCCAAAGACAUUCAACUCGCGCGCCGCAUCCGUGGCGAAGCCGUAGGUAUGUCUGGUCGUGGCAAGGGCGGUAAGGGUCUAGGUAAAGGCGGCGCUAAGCGCCACCGCAAAGUUUUACGUGACAAUAUCCAGGGUAUUACUAAGCCUGCCAUCCGUCGCUUAGCUCGUCGUGGGGGCGUUAAGCGCAUCUCUGGCCUUAUUUAUGAGGAAACGCGCGGAGUUCUUAAGGUCUUUCUGGAAAAUGUGAUCCGUGACGCUGUUACUUACACGGAGCACGCCAAACGUAAGACAGUCACGGCCAUGGACGUGGUUUACGCGCUAAAGCGCCAGGGUCGCACCCUCUAUGGCUUCGGCGGCUAAUAUUUCACUUAGUAACUCCAUUUUGCAAAGGCUC